AUGUCAACCGAGGACCCAAUACGCGACCAAGACACAGGGUCCUUGAAUACAGAUGACUUCUCCGAAGAGCUACAUCCGUUUCUCCCCUCGCAAAGCGCCAGACAGAAAUUGCGCUUCACCGGCACCAAGUACCACAUCUACCUGCUCUUCUUCAUCCUUGCGGGCCUCGACUCUACCGUCUUUGUGCUCAAUCUUCCCCUGACGCGGGUCUACGAAAGCAUAGCCUGCUACCAAUACUUUUCUACCCACGAGCCUCGGCGGUAUUUGGAUCCGGGGUCCAUCCCGGAGCAGGAAUGCAAGAUUGCGUCUGUGCAGGAAGAGUUGGCGCGUGUCAAGGGGAUUGAGUUUUUAUUCAUGAUGGUACCAGGUAAAGAAGGCCCUCAUGUGUCAUUGGCGAUUGCUGGCGUGCUGAUGGUUUGCUGGUUUUGGUGGUUGGUCCCGUUGAGGUUUGUGUGGUUAUGUUGGCUACUCACGGGCAUUGGUGGCGGGCCGGCAGUUCUGAGUUCGACGAUUUACACCAUGCUCGCCGAUAUUGUCAGUCCAGCAAAGAGGGCAAACACAUUCUUGCAACUGACCGUGGCCGUGCUCAUAUCGCAAGCCAUCUCUACACCCCUUGCGUCUGUUCUCAUGGCCAACUAUGGAACAACAUUGCCGAUUGCAUUUGGAUACGGACUCGGACUUAGCGUGUGCUUCAUGUGUUCAUUUGUCCCAGAGACGGUUCAUCUCGGCACCUCCAAAAAUGCAGAGGAGCUGCCAUUCGAUGAGGCCGCAAUAGCUUCAUCGCACGUCGCGAAACAGAACUGGAAGGCGAGAAUCAUCGGGCUCUUCUCGCCGAAGAGCAGCGGUCUGAGCCUGUGGCUGCUUUCGCCAACCUUGCUCGCCUCACUGGCAAUUCUCUUCGUGGACAGCUUCAACGCCUCAACCAUCAAUAUCUUGGUUCAAUAUACGUCCAAGAAGCUGUCCAUACCAAUCUCCAGCGUCGGCUCACUAGUCACCAUUCGAGCAGCCAUGACAAUAAUUGUUAUUCUCCUCGUGGUGCCAUACAUUGGAAGGAGGCUCGAAACGAAAUGGAGGUUGGACAGCCACUCUCGCGACCUUUGGCUUGCACGGAUAACAAUGUCCAUCUGUCCAUUCGGCUUUGCGCUGCUGGCCAUGGGCCAAUCUGUAAUUGCAAUUGCAGUCGGCAUGGUCCUCGUUGCCACAAGCUGGGCUUGCUGCAGCAGUUUGGUGAGGAGUAUUGCGACGGCCAUGGUGAGCCCAGAGAGGACAUCCGGGCUCUAUGCUGUCAUCAAUGUCUUCCAGGCGGUGGGUGCUUUGGUUGGGAACCCGCUGCUGGCAGAGCUGCUGGCGGUGGAUGUCAGGUCUGGUAAUGGUUGGAUAUCGUUGCCGUUUGGGCUGGCAGGAGUGUUGAGUAUUUUGUCAUGUGCCAUCAUUUGGGCUGUGAGGCUCCCUCCCACGACGGGAAGCCAGCGUGGGUUGUUCCUGCGUGGUGGUGAUGCCGAUGUAUUGUAA